ACCCUCGCAGGAUGUCGAUGCCUCGCGUGGCGCGCCCUUCGGGAGGUGCCGAAGUGUCCCCGUGCCUCGUUACCGCGCGCCACGAUUGAUCGCAUUGCAUCCGGUUCGAUUUUGGAAAAACGCUCUUUCUCUCUUUCUCUGUACUCGCCUGUCUCUCUUUCAUCCCCCUUGACGUUACAUCGUCGUCGCUCCGCCGUGUAUCUCGCUCUCUCGCACUUUCUCCCGUUUCCCGCUCGAUUCGCUCAACAAGUUUCACGAUACCUUUUUUUCCCGGAGCGUCGCGAGGAAAGUUCUACCGGGCGACGCAAGAAAACAAAAGUCCAAUUGAAGCGCGCGACUUUUCGCGGCUCUUCCUCCCUCAACCCCGACUGAGAGCAGCGGGAAGGAGCUCGCCGGGAACUUCGUUGCGAGGCUCUCGUACGCACCCCCGAGCGACGGGCCGCGCUCAGGUACGCGUGUGCAUGAGGAGGAGCGCGUUGGUGCGUGUGUUUACAACCUGCGGAUAGUGCGGCGGCGGCGGCGGCGGCGGUGGUGGCGGCGGCGUUAGGCACCGAUUACGGGAUAUGGAUUCGCAGUGGACCCGAGCGGAUGCGGAGGGUGGCAGAUGACGGAUCCGCGACCCGAGCGAGCCGGCGAGAGGAGGAGUCGAAUGAAAGUGAAAACGGGGGACUGCGUGGUGCGUACUACUACUACUACUACUGCUGCCACUAUUACUACUGCUACUACUGCUACUACGAUGUGAGAGGGAGGAUGCGUCGCCCCUCAGGAGAACGACGACGACGACGACGAAGGGUGCGGGAAGACGAGCACCGGCUGCCUACGAGUGCCUCGAUUUCUUCCCUGUUUCCCUAAUGCGCGCGGGGAGUCAUUUUGAUGGAGAAAUAUUCGAUGCCACGUAUACGAACCAUAAAACGUUCGAGGAACGGGAGGGUCCGUCUCGUGGAAUGGCGUUAGGGACGAGCUCGAGCGGGAAGAAUGUUCAUUGACGUUAGAACUCCUGCGUCCCGGCGAGGAAGCGCUUCACCGGCACCGCACUGGAUUACUCAUAGAAGGACAAAUGUCUUCUGAAGGCUGUAAACCCGGUGGUGGAUUGUGUGUGCAAGGGCCCACCCUCUUUAGAAUUCCCCGUCCGUAAAGGAGCGAGAAGCUCGCCGAAGACAAAGAUACGGGGGGUUGGCGCGCGAGAGGAGCGGUAAGGAGGACGAGGAGAGGCGCGACGCGGAGGUGCGGUUGAGCCCGGGGGUGGUGAAAAAGCGAGAAGGAGAUAAGGAGAUAAGGAAGAUGGGAGAGAGCUCGCCGGAUCUCAGCCUCCGGCUACGCCAGGGCAGUUCCGACUCCAGAGAUUCCUUCUACAUGGACUUCGCUCAGGGUAUCGAUUCCGAUAUCGAGGAAGUGACGCGACCAGGCGACAAUAAUUCCGAUCCGAUGCUGGAGAAUCACCUGGAAGAGAACGGGAACGAGCUGCCGCCGAUCGAGGACAUCACGACGAUCCCGGAGGAGGCUUCGGAAGAAUUGAGGGAAGAGGAGGAGGCGGCCGCGCUGGAGGCCGCUCUACGAACGCCCGACGGUGGCACGCUUAGCACGGAUAUCGAGAAACCGUCGGGCACGAUCAGCACGCAGGAUUGGCCAGGGCUGCCGGUCGCGCUACCAUCACCAGCCUCGCCAUCCGCGGUAAUCGUCUCACCGGAAACGCUGUCUAGACACAGCAGCAGCUCACCCUCGCGCGUCCACCGGCCACCCCAAUUCGCGUUGGCCCUGCCAUGCUCCUCGCAGCCGAUUCCGGCGGUCUGCUAUCCAGCGCCGACCUUCCUCGAGGUCACCGACGAACGGAAGUGGAAGAACCUUGGAUGCGACGCCCUGGCGACCACUUUGAGCGCGUUGUACGGGAAACUUCUGGUCGUGAUGGGGAUCGCCUUUCCCAUGGCGGAAGUAAUAUCCACGUACAUACCGCCAUCGUUCUACGAGGCUUUCUACCUCUACCUCUACUUCGGCAGCAUGAUCUUCCUCGUGUACAUGUACGCCAUGUUGUUCAGGGAUGGCAAGUCGAAACCAAAAAAGCAGAAGGACGUAUGCGACCUAGACUCAUCGCGAUCGUCGAGCGGCGCCGGCGGCGACAGCGACGCGCCUGAGACCGGAUACCCUCACGUGAAUCCGGUACGUCCGGUCCAGCACUACGGCAGCUUCUACCUACGAAUGGGCGCCGUGGCAUUCGGCAUCGGCUCGAUGAUCUACUCCGGACUGGAAUUUGGCCAGUAUUUCGAGCUGGAACGCAACACCAAGUGUCACAAUAUCAUGUUGGCUCUCACGCCCGCCACGAGAAUGGCCUUCAUCUUCAUCCAAAUGUACUUCAUAUUCCUGAACAACGAGCAAAUGAAGGUUUAUCGCCAUCGUGUUGUCGCGCGUUUCGGACUGAUGCACAUGAUCGGCACGAAUCUGUCAGUCUGGUUGAACGUCCUCGUCCAGGAGACGAAGCACGAGAUCCUCACCUUCUACAAUCCGGAAAAUAAUUCUCUCCGAAUCUCCCAUAGGCUAGGCUCGAAGGGUGGACUUCAUCUCGGCGGCCACACUCACUCCCAUCACGGUGAACACGUGCGACUACCGCGCGGUCUCAAAGGACCCCAUCACAUAUUCGAGUGCCGACGGACAAAUAUAAUGGGAUCAUUGGUGCAAGACGCCAGCCCCUUUCUUUUCCCGUGUACGAUAGAGUACAGCCUGAUUUGCGCGGCCAUUUUAUACGUUAUGUGGAAAAACAUUUCGAAAGCCGGAUUUACGCAGCCCGUAACGCCGCCGGGCUCGCGUCACCAUGCACACGCCUACAGGAAGUCGCCUCACCAUUACAGCGUGGACUGCGCCCGCGCGCACAAAGGUCUCUUCGUGGGUAUCUUGAUACUUGUACUGACCAUCAUCUCACUAAUCCUCUUCUUCGUGCUCAUCUCGCGACCCGAGCUGGUCAGCCUCGCCGUGACCGAGGUGAACGUUUGCGAACUCACGCUCUACGGGAUGUCCACCUUGGCGACGUUGAUCGGCAUGUUCCAGAUGCGCAAGUUGCGCUACGACGGCGGCAGAAAUCUCGAGCUGGACAACAUCCUCCUGGUGGCCGCGCAGACCGGCAUGUUCAUUUACUCCACGUUCACCAUCAUAGGCGGCCACUUCACCCUGCAAAAGCAUACGGUGCUGGUAUUGGUCACCGCGCUGGCCAGCGUCGUGCAGACGACGUGUCAGACCAUCUUCAUCUUGGACGCUUCCAGACGCUCAGUCGCCACCGCCGAGCAGAUACGACGGAAGCCGGGCCGGGAGAUCGUGACGUUCCUCUUGGUGACAAAUCUGGCCAUGUGGGCGAUCAACACGUUGGAGAAGUCCCGCGCGGAAUCGCACCCGGUGCAGCUGCACUUCUACGGCCUGUGGGCGUGGACUAUAAUAACCCAUGUGUCGAUGCCGUUAGCGAUAUUCUACAGAUUCCACAGCACCGUGUGCCUGUGCGAGGUGUGGAAACGGGCCUACAAGGUCAAGCCCACCUAUAUGUGACGCAAGGGGUCCCGCGAGGUCGUAUGGAAGACGGCAGGUGCCCCGCAACGGCUCUGCAGGAGCUUGCAGAGACUCGACGCCAUCGCGGAGAACGAUCCGGCGUAUUUCAUAUGAUCAAAAAAAUCGGGCGCGUCGAGGCCGCCUCGACCGCAGGGCGACCGACUGUCCCGGCCCGGGGGAAUCCGUUCGGUCGACGAACAAUGGUAUUUUCACGUGGACAAAACUGUUCUGGACGUUCAGCCGCGCGAUCCACGCGACGCCACUAGUCUAUACGCGUGUCAUUACUACAAGAAAUUCCGUCAGAUCCCUGGAUACCUCGAAGGACUAACGGCAUAGAGCAAAUACAGUUUCAAAUGACAUCUCUGGAUAUCAUGUGCGCAGUAAACACAGUCAGUUAGAGAAAAGAAAAACGAGCCGAUGAGAGAGCACUGAUGAAAACGAACAUAAACAGUAGGUUAUUUAAUUCGAAGGUUAUUUAUCGGAGGUCGGUGUCUCCAGUUAACCUUGUACAGAUACCAGGCUGGCACAAAUGUCGACAAUUCCGUAUAGUUUACGUAACACCGUUGCGAAAGUUCACUGUCACUUCCUAAACAGGAUUAGUCAUCCGCUGCUUGAAAAAGAAUUAAUUACGCGAUCGUGUUUUGGAUCGAUUGAGAGAGGUAGAAACUGAAGAGGCGGUCGAUUUCCCAAGAGCCUUUCGUUACAAAUCCGCAAUAUUACAUAUGCACGAUUUUCUCUCGAGCUUUAUGCCGGAAAUAGUGCUAUUGUAUAAAUUAUAGAAUCGGCCAAUAGCGCUACAAUUGAAGUAAAUUUUUUUUAUUCAACAGCAAUAUUAUUAUUGAAACUAAUGCUCAAGUUAUUAAAACAAUAUAUGAUUAAUUUCAAUAAUAUUGCUAUUGAGUCGGAAAACAAAAGGAAAUUCCCAUUAGCGUUUGUUGAGUAACUUAAAAAAUAAGGAUAAAGAUUGAUAGAAAUAUAUAAAAAUUUUAUUGAAAAUCUAUAUAACUUUACAUCUGAACUUAUCAUUUCUUUAGGAAAUUUCAAUUUCUUAUAUUUCAGUCUGUAUAAAAAAGUUAUUAAUUUCUUUCGUUUCAUACAUGACUUACUUUUAACAAUUAAAUAUUAUACGAAGCGAUUGAAUAUUUAGCUGAAUAUUUUUCCGUGUAAUUUUAUCAGUUUUUAUCCAAAACACGAUUCAGUUAUACAAAUUUUUCUUACGUAAUUCUAUCAAAUCUCCUAAGCGAGGCAAUUCCAUUAACAGCAUUUCCUUUUCCGUAUACUCGGCCAUCUUUUCACGAUUUCCACGUAACUAAUCCUCUACUCAACCAUCGAUAUAUGUAAAUAGCGGCCUCUAUAUCAAUUAUAUCGCGCUAGAGAAAACGGACCCGCACGAAUUAAAAAGAUUCGUGAACCGCAACCGUGAAACGCGCAACCGCAAGAAUCCCGGGUUUCGUAUCGAUAAACGAUAGAUAUCACGUAUGUGUCGAUAUCUCUCUAUCACUCGCCGUUUUCCCACAGCUUUCGUCCUGAACCGUGACCCUAGAAGAGCAAGAGUGGCAGCGCGAGAUAUAGGGGAGAGUCAAAGUUCAUCCGAAUGUGCUAGAGAGUUGCGAUUGCGGUAGAUAAACUAUCCCACUGUUAUCUUCUAUCAAUCCCGCAAUAUCGUAUAGGAGAAACGGAUCACUUAGCUGUUCGGAGAUGUAGCUAGAAGGUGAUGCAAUCACUCAGCUGUAUUUUUCAACAGAUCUAAGGGUCGAUUUUUAAAAAACGGCUUAAAGAUAGAUUUGGGUUUGAACUCCGCUCGAGUACAUCAAACACGUUGUUACGGGAACAGAGCUUGAACUUAAUCUACGUUGAAACUACUCUAUUGAAAAAUCCCUAAAUAGUUAAACUGACUAAACCUCUCGAUAUAGGAUCCAUUGAUAAACGUUGAUACAAUAUUAUGUAGAUUCUAAAGGCUCGUCUCGUCCGGAUAUAUUUAAACGUUUUCUGAAAAUUUAAUGGACCGAAGUAGAAGGAGGGACGCCAAAAGGUUACAAAGGAACACAACCGACCAAACGCACGACUCGUAGGUGGCGGAACGUCCACUCGUUAGAAGUAGAAAGGAUUAGAUUUCCUUAGAACCAAUCUGAUCGAAGCGUAGUUCUUCGAUUUCACGGGAACAAUGAACCUUCGUUCGAUACAUUUUUCUAUUUCUGAGCGAGAGGCCGAGGGAGAAGAGUUGAAUUUCCUUUCUCCUCGAAAGACUGAAGCGAACGUCGAGAGAAUGGCCGGAACACCAAAUACAAAUCCUGAUCCACUUCGACGCCGAGUCCUCGAAGGGGGAAGAGUCCGUUUACUCGGUUUUCAGUUAGAGUAGUCUUAGAAUUUGCGAACGUUUCAGUAUCGCUAAGGAUUCGCUCAGUUCAACUGGAAAAUUCUUUCCAAUAAUUGAUGCAAUUAGAGGAAAGUAUUUUAUUUCGAAAUGUUUGCAAGUUCUGAGAUUUCUAUCACUGAUAAUUGAAAAGAUAAGCAUUGACCCUCUACUUCCGGGACACGGAAGUAUACAAUUUUGUUGUUUGGUGCUCUCGCAAUCGAAGGCAUUUGAACGUUCUUACGGAUAUCCGUCUUCCACGUAGUACAAAAUGCAGCUUAAUCCUGGAACACUGGAGUGAGUAAAUUCUCAUCGAGCGCGAUACACACAUUGAUAGUUAGUAUAAAGAUACAUAAAAGAAUAGUUUGAAGUUUUAAUAAGGCAAAGAAACCCAGUAAACAAAGAACAUUAGAUCAGCAUCUUGAAAUAUUAAUUUUAUGCGUAUCUCUUGAACAUUUUCGUUUAAUAUUUCAAAAACAUUUUAAAGAUAUUAGUGGAUAAUACGAUCAUUUUGAAUAUUGCAAAAAUGUUUUAGAAAUAUUCAAGUGUCGAAGUUAUUUGUAAUAAUGUUAGCACAACGUUAAAAACUAUAUAUUAGAAAAUGUUACACGUGUUAAAUAUCGUUGUAAUAAUGUUCUAUGAAUGAUUUUUUGUUUACUGGGAAUCCACACAUAUUCCUUUCCUUCUAGAUUAGAUCUUGAAAUAAAUAAAUAAACAUUUUGAUAUAAACAAUCUAACUGAUCAAAUCCACUCAGUGUUCUAGGAUUAAACGACAAUCGUCGCGUCCAUUCAUAUGAGAACAAAAAUUGCGACGGGAGAAAUAGAUUACGAAUACGUUCGAUAUAGUAACAGACAAUAUUUUGGUACAAUGAUAUUGUUCACGAAUUUUUUGUGGUAAACAAAAUUAACCUUCUUAUCGAAUAUUACAGUUGCGAAGCAAUUCCUAGCGCAGGUCCUAAAUCGUUCAGCUGUGACGUCAACAAAUGGUUGCAGUAACCAGACAAGUUCAACAGAAAGAAAAUUGAUCGGAUUAAUCUAAUGUCUGGUAAAAUAUGAACGAAAGAGAAAUUCUGGUAGAAGUUACCAGAACUCUGUUCAAGUUAGUAAGAUUUUUGGUUAACUAGAAAUCUUGUUUGGUUAACCAGAAUCUUGUUUACUCGAACAGAAUUCUGGUAACUUCAAUCGGAAUUCUGGUUCACUCAUAUUCACUAGAUUUGGUUAAUCUAACCAAAUUUUUUCCUCCGUGCAGAAAUAUUCUAACAGCGAAAGAUCUAUUUCUCUCGAUUUCUUGUUCAGUAAAUUCAAAGUCGUUACUUGUUUCGCGAACUUAAUAUUUUCGAACAUCUAGCAUGCUGUCCAUAUAAAGUCGGUCCAUGUAAAGUCGAUAGAGAAAGACCAUGUAGAUAUUAAAUACAUGAACACUUUGAUUACCACGUCACUCGUAUCUAGGAUAACGCGUGUGUUUCCGCAAGAGUGAAUUUCAUAGACGAGUGAGAGUUUUACUCAUUAGAAGAGACUUUUUAAAAUAUUUAUAAGGAUAUCGCGAAUGUAAAAUGAUAAAAACGUUUCUGCUAAUAUACUAGUUGUGUUAGAAACGAAAUUAUUUUCUUUAUUAUAAGCGAUAUUGUAUGUAUUCAAGAUAACAUUUACUUUGCAUGAUAUAUUCUGGGAAAUAAUCCAAUAUAUAAUAUAAUUAUUAUGUAUUAAAUUUGUCUUUGAGGUAGUUGUUUUCGGAUAAAUUUGCAGGAUAAUAUAUUUUGCAAUUUUAGAUUGGAGUAUCAAAAUUAUAUAAGAGAUUAAGAGUUAAAUAUUCACUGGAUAGUAGAACUGGAUGCAAGCAUUUAUUGGUACGGUUUAUUUCGAAUAAUUUUACUCUAUAUACUUUAUAUACGGCCGUGGGAACUGGGAGAGGGCUUGGGCCUGAUGGGCCUUGUCUGAAUCCAGCGUGGCAGUCAAAGUGUUGCGAGGUAAUCGAAAUCAGAGAACGUUAAUUCUUUAAUACCUAAUAAGAAAAGAUGUACGCACAAGAAAAGUAAAUACUUGCCGUCGUAGAAAGCAAUUAAUUAGGGACGGUGAUAUUAGUAUCGCUGUUAAGAUCAUGACCUAUGAGACGCACGGAUAUUUUUAUCGUCAGCGUUAAAUUUGUAUCGUCACAUUAGAAAUUUAUUUCGAGUCAGACUCGGAGAAACGGCUAGAAACCGAUCGACGAACUCAAGUAUCGAGUAUCUGUCCCAAACUCUCUCGUGCAAUCUUCAAGAGGAUAUGUAGGAUGCAGAGCGAUAGGCAACGAGACGGAAGAAGACGUCCGGAAUAGGAACACAGUACAAUGGCCGAUCAUAUCAUUGAGCCUUAAUCCGUCGAGAAGAGCACUGUCUGAACUCUGGUAAGAGAUAAAGGGGAUCAAAAGUCGAUCACGGAGCCGAGCGCGAUCUCGAAACUGAAGAAGCGACCUACUCGAGUUUCUUUCAUGCUCAACUGACAAAUGUGAUGAUGAGAUCACACGAAUGCGAAGCGAAGCGAGCGAUGAACGAGUCAGUGUGUGAUCGUGUACGGGUGUGCGUGCGUGCGUAUGUGUAUGUGUGUGUGUGUAAAAGUGUGUGAGUAUGUGUUUGUACAUGGAGCGAGAAAAAAGACGCAGAGAGAAAGGAGGGAAAGUCGAGAAUUUAACGGAAAUAUAGGCACACUUAUAGAUAAUACGUAUCUCGUGCUAGAAGCUUCGAUAUCGAUUAUCGCCAUUGCGAACUAUAGUUAUCCGGUCGGUGCAGUCGAUUUUUUGUAAGAUAUAUCGUUUCUCCAGGGCGACUGUAAAUAAACGGAGGAGAAUAUACAAUAAAGCAGGUUCUCUCGGUGUUUAGCGCUAGUUGUGUCGACAUGUUUCUUCCUAUAGUAUAUAUAUAUUAUAUAUAUACACACACAUAUAUAUAUACACAAAAUACAAAUAUAUUUAUUAUUAUGUUGUUCUA